AUGGCAAUGUUAGCAAACACAGAUUUAGCUAGGAUAAAUGAAACUACCUGGGUACCCUUAUUAGAGGGUCAGGGAGAUGAAGAAGGAGCAAACAAACUAAGGUGGUGGAAGAAAGUGUUGGACGUGGAGGAGGCCAAGAAACAGGUCUUGUUUUCAUUGCCAAUGAUUUUUACCAAUCUUUUCUACUAUUUGAUCACUUUGGUGUCAGUCAUGUUUGCUGGCCAUCUUGGGAAGCUUGAGCUUGCUGGUGCAACCCUUGCCAAUUCAUGGGCCAUUGUUACUGGCUUUGCUUUCAUGGUUGGGUUAAGUGGAGCUCUUGAGACGCUUUGUGGACAAAGGUUUGGUGCAAAGUUGUAUAAAAUGUUGGGGAUCUAUCUACAAGCCUCUUGCAUCAUAUCUUUCCUAUUCUGUUUCAUCAUAUCUAUAAUCUGGUUCUACACAGAACCUAUACUUAUUUUACUCCACCAAGAUCCUCAAAUUUCCAAGUCUGCUGCUGUUUUUAUGAAAUUUCUGAUUCCGGGGUUAUUUGCAUAUGGAUUCCUGCAAAACGUCUUGAGAUUUCUUCAGGCACAAUUUGUUGUCCUGCCAUUUGUCUUCUCGUUCGUCCCCCUUGUUAUUCAUUUCGGCAUUGCUUAUGGUUUGGUACAUUGGACAGCUCUUGGUUACAAGGGAGCUCCACUUGCGGCUUCAAUUUCGUUAUGGUUUGUUGGCCAUGUAUGUCAUCUGCUCAAAGAAGUUUGA